GAAAAAUCAAUCAGGAAGGGGUACCAACAUAUAUAGACACACCAAUAAGUAUAUAUCACAAUUCGGACAACAUCAACAUUAUUGUAACGUAUAAACAAUAAUUUCGGCGCCGCAUAAACGCUUAUAAGCUGGACUGUAAAUUAAAAAUCUUCCUGUCACUAACUCCGACCCAAUCCUGUGCACUGGUCUCCUAUUGAGGGCGCGAAAUGCUGCUGCAAACUUCCGGGCCCAGCCGCACUCGAAUCUUCUCGCUGCUCCACCAAUGCCGACUGGCGAGCUCAAAGCCUCGCUUUGACUACGAUCUGGUAGUGCUCGGUGGCGGCUCGGCGGGAUUGGCCUGCGCCAAGGAGGCCGUCGACUGCGGUGCCCGUGUGCUCUGUUUUGACUAUGUGAAGCCCACGCCAGUUGGCACCAAGUGGGGCCUGGGAGGCACCUGCGUGAACGUUGGCUGCAUCCCCAAGAAACUAAUGCAUCAGGCCUCGCUGCUGGGCGAGGCGGUGCACGAGGCUGUGGCCUACGGCUGGAACGUGAACGACAAAAACAUCAGGCCGGACUGGUGUAAGUUGGUGCGCUCAGUGCAAAAUCAUAUUAAGUCCGUCAACUGGGUCACCAGGGUGGACCUGCGCGACAAGAAGGUGGAGUACGUUAACUCCAUGGGAGCGUUCGUCGAUGGGCACACCAUUGAGUAUGUGCCCAAAUCCGGCCAGGCUAAGAGCAGAGUGACCGCCAAGAACGUGGUGGUGGCAGUGGGUGGGCGUCCCCGUUAUCCCUCCAUUCCCGGGGCCACCGAAUUCGGUAUAACCAGUGACGACAUAUUCAGCUAUGACCGCGAGCCGGGCCGUACCCUGGUUGUGGGUGCGGGCUAUGUGGGACUGGAGUGCGCCUGUUUCUUAAAGGGACUGGGCUACGACCCCACUGUUAUGGUGCGCUCGAUCGUCCUCCGCGGCUUCGACCGCCAGAUGUCCGAGCUCCUAGCCGCCAUGAUGUCGGAGCGUGGCAUAUCGUUCUUAGAGACCACUAUCCCGAGCUCUGUGGAACGACAGUCAGAUGGACGGCUGCUUGUGCGGUUCCGGAAUACGACCACACAAACAGACGGCAGCGAUGUGUUUGACACUGUUCUAUGGGCUAUCGGACGGCGAGGUUUAAUCGAAGACCUGAAUCUGGAGGCAGCUGGCGUUAAGACCCAGAACGACAAAAUUGUGGUAGACCGAUCUGAGGCCACGAAUGUACCGCACAUCUUCGCCGUGGGCGACAUCGUAUACGGACGGCCGGAGCUUACCCCAGUGGCCAUCUUAGCCGGCCGACUCUUGGCGCGACGGCUCUUCGCUGGGUCCACCCAGCUUAUGGACUACGCGGAUGUGGCCACCACAGUGUUCACUCCACUGGAGUACGCAUGCGUCGGCAUGUCAGAGGAGACGGCCAUCGAGAAGCACGGUGCCGACAACAUUGAGGUUUUUCAUGGCUAUUACAAGCCCACUGAGUUUUUCAUUCCUCAGAAGAGUGUUAGGUUCUGCUACCUUAAGGCCGUGGCCGAAAUCGCCGGAGACCAGAAGAUUCUGGGACUGCACUACAUGGGUCCGGUGGCCGGUGAGGUCAUUCAGGGCUUUGCCGCGGCCCUGAAGUCCGGAUUGACUGUGAAGACCUUGCUUAAUACGGUUGGCAUCCAUCCCACCACCGCCGAGGAGUUCACUCGCCUCUCCAUCACCAAGCGAUCUGGUCGUGACCCUACUCCUGCCUCUUGUUGUAGUUAGAGGGUUUUAUAUGCUUUUAAUGUGUAAAAUAAAGCAAAGCGGUUUAUGUUUA